AUGUCGUUGGUGCCGCAGAAGGCGGGCCUGCCGAGCCCCGAGACCCGUGGCGCGAAAAAGAAGCAGCUCAUUGCAUCCGUGCGCGACGAGUCUGGGGUGGAGCAGUUCUACAAGGACGACAUUGCUGAAGUAUUCGUUCGUUUCUAUGAGAACUUGUUCAAGGGGCGCGACAGAGCGGACACCAUCAACAAUGGAGAGCGUACUGGAGCACAACAGUUGACAACAGAAGAGAUUGACGAAGCACUGAAAGUUAUGAACUGUGUAAAAUGCAAAGACCAAUCGGGAAUAGUCGCUGAGAUGCUGAAGGCGUCUAGCAACCGCUUCCGGGGCAACGUGCUGGAUUUAUUCAACGAUGUCCUGGACCCGGGCGCAGCAAUACCGGAGACGUGGAAGAAAACGCGGACGGGGCAAUGCUACGGUUUUCUCGCGGAGUCCGUGCCGGAUCUUCUGAGAAAUCUCAGGGUUGCAGACCACGUUCUCUUGUUAGCCCAGAGCGAAGCGGACGUGGUCAAGAUGUUGAGGGACCUCAAGGAUGAGGCAGCGAAGUACGGUCGCCUCUGGCUGCUGAACCUCGUCGCCGCCCACCACAGGCGCGCUUGGCGCUUGGCGAGGCCGCAUUGCGGCCUGAACGUGCUCUCCACAGGCAGCGCAGCCCUAGCCCAUAUUGCGCUCAUAUUUUUGGCAAUCGCGAUGGCUUGCGCCAUCUGCCUCCGCGGCCUCGAGCCAGGCGACUCGUGGUCCUUGCUGCGCGGGCAUGCAUACCACAAGGAUUGCAUAUCCCAGGAGUUCGACAGGCGUCGCUUGACCCACGUGAUGGACCUGCCUUGCCCCCAGUGCGGGCAGACAGGUCGCGACAUGGAGGCCGCCGCGGAUGGGCUGCUGACAGAGGAGGAGGACGCGGACGUGGGCCUGGCCCGCGACCGCAGUCGCAGCCCCGGCCCGCGAUCAGCGGCGCGCCCCAAGCGCGCGCCUGCCCCUCGCGGAAGCUCCGCGCGAGGGGCGUUCCGCAUCCCGAACACGCAGGGCGAGGGGCACAGGGUCAUUCGCGCGAGGCGGCAGCCCGCGCGGAUUGCAGAUCCUCCGGUCGAUGCCGGGCCAGGGCCGGCGCCCGGCGCCGCGGGGGCGUCGGCGGGGUCGCCGCCACCGCGGCGCGGCCGCGACGAGGGCGACGAUGGCGCGCCCAUUCCGGCGCUCCGCGGCGCAGUCGUGGCGGCGGGGUCGCCGCCGACGCAACGCGGCGGCGAGGCUGACGUGAUUGGCCGACGUGCUUGGCUGACCUGCUCACCUGCUCACCGGGGGAGAACCUGCUCACCGGGCUCUGCGGCCGCUGACGCCUUGGCCGACGUGCUCCGUGACAUUGCAGCGUUGGCUAGAGCCCUGCCUGACGGCCCCUGCCACCCGUGGUCGGCGGGGGAGCGGUGCCUCCGCGUGGAGGAGAUCGUCCCGGCUGCGGCGCGGAACCACCUGCUGGAGACGCGCGCAGCUGGGUGCGAGCACGCGUUGCGCCCCCGGUGGAAGUCCGAAGCCAAGCUCCAGCAUAUCUUGGAUACGCCCCUGCCCCGGCAGUUCGACAUGCGCAGGUGGCGCUGCGCGCAGUGCAAAGUCUCUUUUUCGGUCGGGCCGAGCGACGUCCUGGACGCUCGCCCGUCGGCGCUCCGUUGCGCAGACCCGCGGCGCCCCGCCUGCGGCUUCUACUUCGCCCAGCCCUUCCUGGUCAUGGUCUUGCAGAAGUUCAUGGAGGUCCUGAACCUGCGCGCGGUGAGGCGCUCCUUGUUCGAGUACCACUCGAACAAUGCCCUCGCGCUCGUCGGUGGCGCUCGUAGCCUGUGGUUCGUCGAGGCGAUCCCUGGGAAUCGCGUGCUGCGACAUUGCAUUUGCCUCGCGCUCGAGAGCUACCUGCCCGACGAGGUGGCGCGCAUGCAGCGGGGGGUCCACGUGCACUCGGGCGCCGCCGUCAAAGGCGACGGCAAGAGAGGCAGACGGUCGACGGCGACGGCGCGGCGGCCGUUCACGAAGCCCGUGGUCGCGCUGGAGACGGAGGACUGGCCCGACCUCAAGGCGCCCAGGGUCGACCUUCCUUGGGCGAUCUAUCAGGCCGGCCUUGGGGGGCUGCUCGACUUGACGGCGGCCAACCGUUCCAGCGCAGGGCUGCCGCCGCGGGCGGUGGCGCCUGCCAGCCAUUCCACGGACGUCUACGAGAGACACCGGAAGCUGCUGCGGUCGUUGCGUCAUAGUAAAUUUCCACCUUUGCGCUUUCAGGUGCAUGGCGACACACCCAAGGGGCAGGCUCGGGCGUGCUCUCUGGCGGCCGCGCACGGUCCAGGCGCGGUCGUCACCGGCGAGCCCGUGCAUAGCCUCUUCGAGGUCAGGCGGCCCGCCCCGGCGAACGCCAACGACGCCGAGGUGUUCCUGGCGGACUACAAGGACGCCAUCACCCGGCUGUCGGCGGCGACCCUCCCGCCGAAGGGCGACGGCGUGGGCCAGCCGCAGGGCCUCGAGCCCGAGGCGGAGACCCUGCUCGAGAGGUUCGUGAGCCAGCUCCCCCCGACGUUCCAGCGCGAGGCGGCGCUGGACCCUGUCAACAUGGAGCGCGCGCGGACUUUCUUGGCCCAGCCGCGCUGCGCCAGGGCAGGCACCUGGAAACGCGUAUUCGGGUCUCUGCCGCCCAGCUGGAGGCGCCUGGACAGCUCCGCGUCGCGCUGCAAUUACCGCACCGAGAAGGCGUUCAACGCCGAGCUGCGGCGCGUGCAGCGCUGGUACCGGCCGGGGCGCCGGCAGCGACGGUGGCGCACCGGCAUCGUGCGCGACCGGCGGCAGGCCGUCACCGUCAAGGGCGCGCGGAGCGUGAUCACGCAGAAAGUGCGCGACCACUUCCGCAGGAUGCGUCGCCGAGUUAAGGUGGAGGGCUUGAUGAAUUGGCGGGAUGCUGCGCUCGCCGCGCGGCAGGCUGGCAUUCCCGUCCAGUCUGGCACCGCCCCAGUGGAGCGCCUGUGGUCCUGCCUCGAGGACAUGGUGCCUUCAGCCGCGCGGGGCGUAUCGCUCCGCUGGUUUCGGGUCCUCAGCAUGGCGAUGUUCCUCCGCUACAACUACACGCACUUCAACAAGGACAACCUGCCGACGAUGGCGGAGCGGGACCCUCUGCUCGGCCAGCGCCUGGCGACGAUCGCCAUGCUCGCGCGGGCUGUUAACGAUCGCUUCGCCGUGCCCCAGCUCCAGCUGCGUGCGCUCGCCGAGCCCAGGGGCGAGGAGGAGUGGCCCGUCAACCCCUGGCAGCCUCAGGCCGACGCGCACAUACGGCAGCUGCAGGCGGUGCACGUGGUGGCGACCCAGCUCUCCGGGAAGGGGGGCGUGCAGGGAGCUCCCCUGGUCGUCGGCCUGCCCGCGCUGUACUGCGGCGGCGUCGCAGGCAGCCUCCCGGCGUCGCCGCUGCCGUCGCCCGUGCCGUUCUGCGAGCCGGGGGGCGCCGCGCCGGGCGGCGGGCCCCGAGUCGCUUGGCCGGCCAGCGUCCCGGGUGGCGUGUGCCCCGCGUCGGCUUCAGGCCCCGCAUCGCCGCCCGCCGCGCCCGACGAGGCCGAGGAGGCGGAGGCCGAGCGGCAGCUGCGCGGGCGCGUGGCGGAGCUGGAGGGGCAGGUGGCCUUCCUGGAGGAGAGGGCGGACGAGAGAGAGCGCGAGCUCGAGGACGCCCCUCCUCCCGGCCAGGCGACGCAGGGGAGCCAGCAGGCGCCCAUGGUCGAGGUCGACGAGCUCCGGAGGCACAACAACUUCUUGUCCGUGUUAGUGUCGCGGUACGAAAAAAAGACAAUGGAUCUAGAGCAGGAGAUGGCCACGUUGACCAUCGCCAUCCGCGAUUCCAGAGGGUCUGGCUCAGGCGCUCCGGGCGGCGCUGCGCGCUCGGACGCGGCCGCGCAGACCGACGAGGGGUACUUCGCGGGCCGCGACAGGGGCCUGCAGGCGAAGCUCCAGGCGCAGCUCGAGGCGGCGCAGGACGCCGUGGCCGCCCGCGGGCUCGAGCUCGCUGCCGCCCGCGCGGAGAACGCCGAGCUCCACAGGAGGGCCCGCGGCGUGGCGGAGAGGGUGGCCUCCGAAGAGCAGGCCCUCAGGGGCUCGCUCGAGGAGCGAGUGGAGCGCUGCGAGGAGGAGGCCUCCUGGCGUCGUGCCGAGGCCGAGCACAUGGCCGAGCUGAGGCGCGAGGCUGAGGCGCGGGGGCAGCGCGAGGCGGCGGCCGCCUCCAAGAGGCUCUUCGCCGUGCGGGCCGAGGGCGUCAUGGAGCUCGCGGCCCUGCGGGCGGAGGCCACCGCGAGGCACUCCGAGCUCGGCGAGGCCCUGGAGGAGGCCUCGGCGCUGCGGGAGGCCGCCGCGUCCGCCGAGGAGCGGCUCGAGGUGGCCUCCUGCGAGGGGCGGCGGGUGCGGGCCGCCGCGAGCGCGGAGGGGCUGGGCGGCGCCUCCGCCGUGCCCGCGCGGAGCUGGGAGCGGAGCUACUGCCUCGCGCGGGAGGAGAUGGACACCUCCGUGUACCCUCCGGAGGAGCUGGCGGGCCAGUAUGCCUUGCGGAUGCCCAUUCCGGCAACGGUCCUCGGGAACGUGCACCUGCUGAUCAGGGACGUGCAGCUGCGGUACAUCCGCGCGGAGCUCGAGUUCACCCGGACCCCCUGGGACACCGUGCUCUUCGAGCUGCGGGGGCCUGACGGUGAGCCCGCGGUGCUCAGGGUGUGGCUGGACGGCGUCGACGUCAAGAUCCCAAAUUCAAAGGUUGGUCUGGGGCUCGAUUUUUUGAGCAGCUUCGUGAACAUGAACUCGUUCCCUGCUGCACUGGAGCUCACCAUGUCGGGGGAGCUGGAGCUCAACGAGCACGAUAGCUGGGUCCUCGUCCGGAGCAGCGAGAAGCACUCGAUGAGGCUGAAGCUCGAUAAAGAGGGCCGUCUGACGAACUUGGUGAACAAGGCUCUGGCGCUCGCUGGCGGGAUCGGCGAAGUCCUGUACCAUCAGGUCUGGCCCCACAUCUCAUCGGAACCAUGA